AUGAUUGUGUUCAGAAUGGUCAAAGAAACCUUAAAUAAACUUAUAACGACAAUUUAUAGCGAAAAAUGUUUUUCGGCUUAUUCGGGCAAAAGCCGUUAUGACGCUAUAAAGCAAAUUCGACUAUGAAGUCAUGACUUUACAGCAAAAAUACUGCUUUGGCAAUUAUAUUUAAAAUUCUUUAAUUUCAGCUUGUGAGACUUGCAAGGGAAUGCUACGUCGAAUAUUUACUGGCAUUCAAGAAUGAGACAGACGUCAAGACCUCCAUUUAACCAAAAUAGUUCAACUACGCAAUCACCAUCUUUUUGAAAUAUUGAAAUGCCCCGUAGCAAACGCAGAUCCGUUGCAGAGAUGAGUUCAAACGACGAUGAUAGAUAUGCUUCAAAACGGCUUCGAAAUUCCAACAGCCGUAGAUUAACAAGAAUGGAUGAACCCAUGUCAUUCAGUCAGAAACGUUGUUUAGCAUGGUUCAGGGGCUACACUAUGACAGAUGACCCUGAUACUUUAGGCCCUGAAGGGAUGGAAAAGCUAUGUCAUGACCUGGCUGUUGAGCCAGAAAAUAUAGUCAUGUUAGUGUUGGCAUACAAAAUGCAGGCCCGACAGAUGGGUUAUUUCACCAAAGAAGAGUGGUUGAAGGGACUGAGCGAGCUACAGUGUGAUAACCUGCAAAGGCUACAAUAUAGACUUGAAUACCUCCGGUGUCUUUUAAAUGACCAGAAUACAUUUAAGGCCGUUUAUCGGUAUUCUUAUGAUUUUGCCAGGGACAAAGAUCAGCGGAGUAUGGAUAUGGAAACAGCAAAAGCCAUGCUUGAACUCCUAUUAGGAAAACACUGGCCAUUGUAUGAUCAAUUUAGUCAGUUUCUUGAGCAGUCAAAGUACAAAGUCAUCAAUAAGGACCAGUGGUCUAAUAUAUUGGAGUUCUCAAGAACUAUUUACAAUGACCUUUCCAAUUACGACGUUGAUGGAGCAUGGCCUGUGAUGUUAGAUGAGUUUGUAGAAUGGUUAAGAGCUUCAAGAGUCAAAAACGAUAUUAGUUGAGGUUUAACCUUGAUGCUUACAAACUUUUCAUUUUAAAUUGUAAAUCAUACUCAAUUUUGAUUUGGUAAAACAGUGGCUUUAAG